GCCCGUUCGUAUCAGGAGCACGCAAAACCGUAGUGCCAGUGUCCAUCCUGGUAGACAAAUAGACAGAUUUGUCACCCAACUAGGAGAGUGCAGAAAACGCAUUCGAGAUGCAUGCGCCACAUAAGCACAUGCUAUUCAUGCAUCGUUGGCGAAGUCGGAGCGCAGCGAUAAGAUUUCUUCCAAGCGACAAUGGUCGAAGAUGGAAUUCUGGAAUUCACCCAUCGCUUGGGCGGUCAAGACAUUGCAGUCAGCAGUCUAAGUUUCCCAAAAGAGAGCACUUUCCUUAUAAGUGCGUUACGACGACGACGUGGAGAGGUCGGGCGGUGGUUGGAAGGCGGACUCGUGUUUGCUCAGUUUGUUCAGUCGGUCUUCCUGGAGGCAACCCUGGCCGUCUCACAAUUGACCAUAAACUCGGCCUAUACAGAAUUGCGACUGGAGGAACGUGUUGUGAGAAGAGAGCUUGACCCAAGCGUAACAUGUCUGCAAGAUUGAUCGAGUGGUGGACUUGUUGUGCGUUAGCAGAACCACUCGGCAACGACUUUGCUGAACAGAAGGUUCGGCUUACCUUGCCAAUGUGCAGUAAGGGAAGGACCUAAUCAAG